AAGCUUCUUAUAUAUGAGUUGGCAAGACUGGAGAGCUGUGUGGCCUCUAGUCAGUAACCACCCACCCGCCGAAAAGGUAAUACGCUGGCCCACGAUGGCUGACAUCAACACGGAAAACGAUCAGGAAAUCAAUGGGGGCAGGAAACCAGCAUUGGGUCGCGGUGCGUUACUCAAGGAAGCCACAAAGACCUUUCACCAACCCGGAGCCAAAGUGGGCAAGCAUUACAAGCCUGUGAGUGUGGACGACGACCUGCCGAACGCCCCACCGGCCAUCCCAGGGGAAUGCGCCGUGCAGGUCUCGUGGCACCACCUCGCCGGCGCACCCGUAGCCUACCAGAUGCAACAGCUAAUGACGGCCAAGGAAGAAAGUUCUGAGGAUAGUGAAGAGGAGCAGCUGCCACUCCUUGGAGCCAUGACUCUGGAAGAUGCUAAGCCUCCACGUGCAAAGCCAAUACUCAAGCCCUUCCUGGACUUUACACAACAUGCCUGGCAGAAAUUGCAAGGGAGUGGUGCAGGCACUACUACUUCCCAGAAGGUAGAGGAGAAAAAACAAGUAAGUGGCACAAAUGCAAAAGAUAAUGAAAGUUUAAAUCCUCUGUGGGAGCCUCACAUUAUGGAGAAGCAUCUCUUCCAAGUACCUGAUAUUGCCUCGGAUACCGAUUUUCCUGUUCUUAUGCCCUCAAAAGCUGCUGUCAAAAAGAAAAAAUGAUCUUGGACUUCAAGUAGGAGGUCUAUUUUAGUAUUAUUGUAAGCUAUCCAGAUUGCAUGGGGACAUUUUAUUGGAUACAGAAUCCUGAAUUGCCCAGAUACAAGAAUUUUACUCACCAUUUUAUGAAAACAUGGACAAGCUUUCUUUUAUCCUAAGACUCAUCCAGGGAGCCUAGAUGUCUUAUUCCAGUUUUAUUCCAGGACUUGUAUAGAGAAAUUAGAUGAUAUAUUUGUACCGUACGUUAAGGAUUUUGAGGAGCUUAGAAAGACGUUAGAAAUAACCUUUUAGUUGAAGAAAAUUAGCUCCAAUAAGAAAUGUGCAAUCAAGUGGACUAGGAAUGUUUUCUGUAUAAGAAUGUUUCAUAGUACUCAAAUUAAACAAAUGUUGCUUUUAUAAAAAAGAAUCGGUGGACACAUUUACAGGAAACUGUUACUCAUUUUGGUAAAUCAGUAAAGAAUGAUUGUUGUAGCAGAGAAUGAUUGUUGUAGCAAGACAGUGUAUGCUGAACUUCUAUUUUAUAGACAGUGAGAAUCUGUCAAAAGUAUGGCAAAUAUGGCAACAGCCUCCAAUAUGCUGUGUUUUAGGCUAGGUUAAAAGAAGCUCCCUCAUAUAUUUUGACCAUGGAGGAAAGAAUUGUCAAAUGCAUUUUAUCAACACCUUGUUUGACAUAAUUGCUGGUAUAUCAGUGAUGCAUUUGCAUACUUCAUACUGCAUUGGUUUGCAUUAAAAAAUAAUAACUGAAGUUAGGACACUGGAGCACUCAGCACGAUUUCCUGACUUCUAUCCCUUCCCCCAAGUUUCACUUUUUAAGUUACUGAUAGGCAUGUAUUUUCUUCAUUGGCCACUUAUGGUGCACCAUUUUUGUUACUCCUAAUUAUUUUUCCCAAAGAAAAUUAUAAUCUUCAAAAUUUUGCAAUAUACACACAUGGGUCCACACAUUGUCCACUGCAUAUACAUAUACACAGAGCAAAGUCAGCUUGGGUGGAGUACAGACGGAUGCUUUAGACCCUUAAACAUGUGCAAUACUGGUUUUAUAUGAUAACAUUAGGUACUUGCUUCCAGCCUUUGUUGAGGAUGAAUGAAACUACUUUCAGGAGAAUGAAUGGAACAGCUUUCACUUGUAUACCGUUGACAUUUGUAGUGAAAGGUUUUAUCUUGUUUAAAGGAGGAGAAAAGGAUAAGAAUAUAUUAUAUAGUGAUCAACUUGCAUGUAACAAACAUUCAAUAAAUGAUCAUGUUUCC